GGAGCGUUCAAGCUGUCGUUUCAAAUCAAUCCCAGCUUCUUGGACCCAGAAGUCCAGACUUGCAUGCUCCUACCACGGAACGGGCCAAGCCCAACAAAUAAGAGGACGUGAGAAAGAAAAACCUCCGGAGACCUACUAUCUGAUUAAUCACACAUCUUCCCCGCAUUGUAAGCACUUCAGACUUGUUCCCAACAAUGAGCAGAUGUAUCGUCAUUUAUUUUAGGUAGUUCCUCAGAUACUCUGUCAUAGGAUCGAUCUCAGCCGGUCCUUUGUUCCCUUGGUCAGUCUAUUUCCGUCGGGCAAAAAAGAAAAAAAAAAAAAAAAAAAAAAGAGCGAACUCCAAAAUCCCAUGUCCGAACACCUCGUUGGAGCUACGCCCUGCCGAGGCAAGGCGUCACAUCUACCGGUUCAGUGGAGCUGGAGCUGGAGCUGGAGCUGGCUUGCUGUGCGUCCCUAUGGGCGCGCCGAACACUGCCCAACUGAACGGUACAAAAGCAAGUCUUGCCGUCAUCUAUUUCCAUCCCUGUCCUCCUCCGAAAUGCCCUUGCACACGUCAGACGCUUGCCGGCAACCGAAUAUUGAAUCCAACUCGUAUAUCUUCAUUUCAUCCUCUUUUUCUCAGUUCUACCCCCAUUAGAUUUGAAGAACAUCUCCGAAUUCUGAUAUCACUCCUUACUCGAUACUACUCUCAAGCUGAGGUCAGCUCACCACCUCUGCAGAAGCAAAGUGGCUGAGCAUCUCGUCGUAUCGUACCGGUAAAGUAUCUAUAGAGGUACUUUUGUGCUACGUGUGAAUAUGAUAGAUGAUACUUAAUUUAAAUGACUGUACACCCG